AUGGCUGACGCUUUCGGGACGAGUGCUAGUAUAUAUGAGGGCGUUUGGACAGACUGGUCAAGGGGCAAAGUAUGGGGACUCACAUGGACGCUCUGCCCAACGCAAGCCACCCUUUUGACCAACGCCUUGGCGGUUUUUGUCACGAUCAGCGGGAUUCGGCUAUGGACCAUCAUCCGAUUCAUCCUCUAUGAGCUGAGUGCCUCUGAACGACAGGGAAUGAGUCCGCAUCUCCGCAAGCGACAAGUCAUUCUAAGAAAUGCAGGCUCGGACCUGGCGACAGCAUGGCUCAUGCUGAACCUAGCCUGUUCAUCUCGACGGCGGCACACCAACAGGCGACGUUGGAGCACAUAUGGCAUUGGUCUCUUCGCCAUAACCUACACGGUGCUGUUUUGGAUUGCGGGCGUCUUCUCUAACAAGGCAAUCAGUGCCACGAAAGACGGCAGGUCGGCGGUGCUGGCACGAAGUAAACGAUGCGGAGUGUGGAACGAAACUUACCGCGCUAUCGCACAAGAUUCGCUCUUUUCCAACGAGUUCGAGUACGGUCUGUUUGUUCAGAAUGCAGCUAAACAAAGACAUGACAUCCAACUCAGCCUCGGCUAUGCACAGGAAUGCUAUCUGUCUCAAGCUUUUGCCGACGGCAUGUCACCCACCUGCAACACGCUGAAGACUUCGAGACUGAAUUGGACUGUAUGGGACAGUACGUGCCCUUUUGCACCGCACCUGUGCCAUAAGGACUCGAAGGUCAUUGUUCUGGAUACUGGUCUAAUCGACUCGCACGAAGACCUUGGCAUCAACGCUUCUCCGGGCGACCGCUUAAAGUAUCAGAGGCGAACAACAUGUGCAGUGCUCGACGACAGCGGUUACAUAAGAGGCUGGGACGGUUCGAUCACGAAUAGUUCAAGUCCCAAACCUGCACCAGACGCGGCGUUUGCCUACUAUGGGCCCUCCUUAUAUAAAGAAGGCAAUUGGACAUACUCCUACUCGAACUUCGCAUCCUUCUACAACGACUUCUCUGCCCAAGUAACGCUCCCAUAUCAGAUCGACGUCGAGAUGGCCUACGCAGUUGCCGACCCACAAUACAGCUUUGGCGAUUUCGAGCCCAUCCCGGAACUAGUGCAGGCAAAGGCCGACUUGAACAUGUUCUUUCUCAGCUUCACCGGGAUGUACCUGGACCCCAUCGAGGAUCCUUGGUUUUCUGCACACAGAGAAGCACAUUUUCCCAACCCGAAUGUUUUUCUGCAGUCCCGAUUCUCACGCGACGCGGCGAUCAGUUCUCUUGGGUGCACAGAACAGCAUCGCUUCUGCAGCGGCAACAGCAGCUGCACAGAAUUUGGCGGAUUUGACCAAGUCCAAAACAACGGAACCUUCAAUGCCGGACUUUCACCUCAUCAAAAUGUUACCUUCGACCGAAUACUACGUGCCGUAACCUACUCUGGGCUGAGAAAUGUGGUUAUGCAACUGGAAACGACGACCACGCCGAUGCUGGCGACCAACGUGAGCAUGAGCGGGCAAUCCGGUGCGGUGGUCUCUCCAGGACUGCCGGACAACCAGUGGACGCUCGAGGUGGGCUUCUGGCACUCGAUUGCCAUGGCACAGCUGCAACGAGAAGUCGUCCAGUGGGCCACAGGACAGAUUGCGCCAGAGCCGCAGUACUCUCAAUAUCUGCUUCCUCCCACCGAGGAGCCAGACAAAUGGUUUUGCAAGAGCUUCAUGAUUCAGUCAAUCGUCUAUCAGUCCUUCAGCCUGCUAGCCAUCAUCCUGAUCGUCAUCUUUGGGACGUUAGCAAUCGUUAUCAGUCUUACCAUCGAAGACAUCGCAGCGUUGCUGAGGAAGUGUUUCAGGAAGUCACCUCCGCCGAGGAGCUGGGAUCAUUUUGAUAUGCUUGGGGAUCGUACCCCUGUAAUACCUCGAUUCCAGCCAGAUGAACGUCUGAGCCGAACAACUUCUCGCCGGCACAACCCUAACAGGGGCCUUGAGCUCAAAACGAGAUUUUCAACACCAGAAAUCAAUCGCAUGUCCUCUCCUACACUACCUCCAGAUGAUCGCACAAUCUCCAUCUGGAACGCUCAUGCGAACUCUUCGCACUUGAGUCCUCCGAAGACGGGUGAAGCACCUCCCCGUCCAGCCAGGGAAUCCUGGAUGGCCAUCAGCCUGAAUGAGUUUGAGUUCACGACUCCGGAUACUGCGAUCCCGACACUUCGUAGCGAACGUCAAAGGAGGAUGGCCAGGCCCAUAGCAUCACCACCUCCAGUUGUUGCGCCGCCCUAUGCUCGACGUUUCGAGCGCGACACGGCUGUUAACUAUGAUACAUGGGUUUGA